CUGCAGUGCAUCUACAGUGCCCGCGCCAAGCACAAGUGCGCCGUCUUUCGCAGCCUCGUGCAGAUCUCUAUCAAUGACGCCUUCAUUGAGCUCCUCAUCCUCAACGCAUGCACGCUUAGGGCCCCGCGUGGCCGUAGGUGGGGUGCGUUUGACCGUGACCCCAUGGCGCUCGGCAGCUAUCCC